AUGGGGAAAGGUAUCUCCGUCCUCGGCGCCUUCUCGAUCCUCCUGGUGCCAAGAUUGCUGGCAUCAACCUACGCGACGAUCCAGGAUUGCGACGAGGUGUAUAACUUUUGGGAGGCUGCACAUUACUUGUCUCACGGCAAUGGAUUUCAGACAUGGGAGUACUCGCCGGAGUAUGGGAUUCGGAGUUGGGCUUAUGUCGGACUUCAUUGCUUGAUUGGCUUGCUUGGAAAGUUGUUCGGACUGAGCAAGGUGCAAGAAUGGUACUUCAUCCGUGGAGCACUGAGUGUGAUCUGUGCUCUGUGCGAAGCUACCUUCUGCGCCUCUGUCUCCCGCAACGUCGACCGGCGAGUCGGUAAAUACCUCCUCUACAUCCUCGCUGGGAGCGCAGGAAUGUUCAAUGCAUCUGCUGCCUUCCUCCCCUCGUCGUUCUCGAUGUACGCCGUCAUGCUCGGUCUCGCGACCGCUUUUGAACGACCGAGUCUUUCGAAACCUGUGUGGGGCCUUUUCUGGUUCGCAUUGGGUGGACUUCUGGGAUGGCCAUUUUCGCUAGCUAUGGGAACUGUUUUCUACCUCGACGUUCUGGUGCAGGCAGCUCUGCCACCUAAUGGCCCAAAGAUCAAGGCCGUGGUGCGGGGUGGACUGUUGGCGAUCUGCGUGCUGGCAAUCCUCGUCGGUGUCGACACGAUGGCGUACAGGAAACUCCAACUCGUACCCUUCAACAUCGUGCUUUACAACGUUCUCUCCGCUGACGAGAACCACGGACCCGAUAUCUUUGGUACGGAGCCGUGGUGGUUUUAUGUCGUUAACCUCAUCCUGAACUUUAAUGUCGUUUACAUCCUUGCUAUGCACUCGGCGCCGCUUUGGUGCUUGCAGAGGCUGUUUUCGUCAAGCAGGCAAAGUAUUGGCGUGGCUUUGAAUGCGAUUGCGCCGUUUUACAUUUGGUAUGCGAUCUUUACGGGUCAGCCUCAUAAGGAGGAGCGGUUCUUAUUUGUUGCGUACCCGGCGUUGUGCUUGAAUGGUGCUGUGACUUUGAAUGUCGUCGCUGGGUUUGCGUCGAAGCUCAGAGUACCCCGUUCAUUGGUCGCAGGUUCCGUCUUGCUUGGAGCAGCCGGGUUGUCCUUGUUACGGGUAAUGGCUAUCAUUACGUCGUUCUCGGCGCCAUUGCACGUUUACGAGCCCCUUCAGCAGCUGGCGAAUGCUACGGUAACAGCACCAGUGACACUAUGUAUGGGCAAAGAAUGGCAUCGCUUCCCAUCCUCAUACUUCCUCCCAGAUGGCGUACGGCCAGAAUUCAUCAAGAGUGCCUUCACGGGACUCCUGCCUGGUCACUUCUAUGAAGAGGCUCCAGAUGGUUCAGAGGGGUGGCGACCUGGAUCGUGGAUGAUUCCCGAGGGCAUGAAUGAUGUGAAUCAAGAGGAAAUGUCGCGUUAUGUUCCUUUGGAUCAGUGUACGUACUUGGUUGAUUCGGACUUUCCGGCGCGCUAUGAGGAUGCUGAAAAGGGCGAGGAUCCACUUGAGCCCAGAUAUAGUAAGGACGAGGAGACGUGGGAGAAGGUUGCUUGUGAGCCGUUCUUGGACGCAGAGAGAAGCGGCCCAUUGGGGAGGGUGGUAUACAUGCCAUUUAAAAAGUAUGAUCAGAGAGUGUGGGGAGAAUACUGUCUUCUGAAGCGAAAGAACCUCUGA